GGCAGGAGCAGGUAGCAGACCUUCAGUCGUGUUCAGACUCAUCGACAGGUAGACGUUUGACAAACGCUCAUACCAUAAACCACCACCAUGUGUGACGACGAAGACGCGGCGACCCUCAUCUGCGACAAUGGCUCCGGUCUUGUCAAGGCUGGCUUUGCCGGUGAUGACGCUCCUCGAGCUGUCUUCCCUUCCAUCGUUGGCCGCGCCCGUCACCAGGGUGUGAUGGUCGGUAUGGGUCAGAAGGACGCCUACAUUGGUGAUGAAGCCCAGAGCAAGCGUGGUAUUCUCACCCUCAAGUACCCCAUCGAGCAUGGUAUCAUCACCAACUGGGACGACAUGGAGAAGGUCUGGUACCACACCUUCUACAAUGAGCUCCGUGUUGCCCCUGAGGAGUGCCCCACCAUGCUUACUGAGGCUCCCCUUAACCCCAAGGCCAACCGUGAGAAGAUGACUCAGAUCAUGUUUGAGUCCUUCAACAUGCCCGCCAUGUACGUCUGCAUCCAGGCUGUCCUCUCCCUCUACGCCUCUGGCCGUACCACUGGUGAGGUUUGCGACUCUGGUGAUGGUGUCUCCCACAUGGUUCCCGUCUAUGAAGGUUUCGCCCUUCCCCAUGCCAUCCUCCGUCUGGACUUGGCUGGUCGUGACAUCACCAACUACCUUGGUAAGAUCAUGACUGAGAAGGGCUACUCCUUCACCACCACCGCUGAACGUGAAAUCGUCCGUGACAUCAAGGAGAAGCUUUGCUACAUUGCUCUGGACUAUGAGAGUGAGAUGAACACUGCUGCCGCCUCCUCUUCCAUCGACAAGUCCUAUGAACUUCCUGACGGUCAGGUCAUCACCAUCGGCAACGAGCGUUUCCGUGCUCCCGAGUCUCUGUUCCAGCCUUCCUUCCUUGGUAUGGAAUCUGCUGGUGUUCACGAGAUCGUCCACAACUCCAUCAUGAGGUGCGACAUCGACAUCAGGAAGGACCUGUUGGCCAACAUUGUCAUGUCUGGUGGUACCACCAUGUAUGCUGGUAUUGCUGACAGGAUGCAGAAGGAAAUCACCUCUCUUGCUCCAUCCACCAUUAAGGUCAAGAUCAUCGCUCCCCCUGAGAGGAAGUACUCCGUCUGGAUUGGUGGUUCCAUCCUUGGUUCUCUGUCCACCUUCCAGAACUUGUGGGUCACCAAGGAGGAAUACGAUGAAUCUGGCCCUGGCAUUGUUCACCGCAAGUGCUUCUAAACGAUUGCUUUAUAAAUACACUUCUUAAAACCAUCAUCGAACCGACUUCGAAUAUCUGGAGUAUUGCUCCUCCCAGAUAAUCUACUUAUUUUUACUAAGUAGAGUAAAACAGAAAUUUCACGUCAUAGACUACGUUAUAUUUUUCCAUUGUCAUGUAUGUACGACAUAUCAAUGAUGUUACCAAAACAGGGUUUUAUUACGGAAAAUAAAUCCAUUGCUAAUGGC